UGUCAUUAAUUUUUCAAUUCUCACAUCUGAGGUGUAAAGGUCUGAUCUGUGUGAGCUGAACAGGGUCCAAUUCAAGGAUUCAUUGGAGUGAAGAUAGAUAUAUGUGUGGUUAAAGAACGUGUUCUGUGAGCCGAAAUGUGGGAUGGAUUAUGUUUGUGAGGAUAUGAUUUGUGGGGAUGAUAAGCAAUAUUUGAGCUGGUUGUCCUGAGAACCUACAGAUAUAUGGAGGUCAUGACGGACUGAUGCUCAGCAGGGAGUCAGCCAAGGCGGAUGUGUUUGACCCUUGUUUUUAAUGAAUUGUGAUCGAUUUUGUGGAAUCGGACUGUGUGUCCAAUUAUUGUGUGGACAGUAUGCAUCAAUAUAUAGGAAUCUAAUAUAAAACCACUUGAUAUUACAAAAUGUAUGAAAUUCCCUCAGGAGAUGAAGUUGUUUGCGUCACAAAGUCAGUUUAAUAUAACAUAAAUUCUGUAGAUAUUAUCUCAUUGCAGACACAUUUAUGUUUUUUAUUGAUUGCGUGGGGACACAAAUAUUGAUCCAACAGAAUCAAGUCAAGUGUUAUCCUUUUCCAUUAACAUGACAAUAUGUGUAGGUUGUAUUGACUUUUGAUAUUGAUGGAACCAUUUAAAGAUAGCUGGAGGGCACAGCAUAUGUCAUACCAAAGUGAACUUGUCAAGAAUUGAUGCUGAUUGAGGCAACUACUAUUAAGGUACAAUGUGGAUGAUGCCAAUAUGAACUGUUAAGCUCAUUAAAGAUGUGUGCUGAUUGAAGCAGCUGUUGUCACUGUUCCUCUGCUCCAUGGCAGCGCCGACUUACAUGUAUCAUUUAUGGAAAGUGUGGCGGACUGAGGCAUUGCCGUUGCAAUACACAAUGGACCUGCUGGACUCUCCCCACAGACACAGGUCCUCCCUCAUCUCUAGGCGUCGGACCAGUGUAGGGCGAACAAUGGAGGUGGACAGUGACCUACAAUGUCCGAUAUGUCUUGAGUUGUUCAGCUAUCCCAUAAUCCUCCCCUGCUCUCACAUCCUGUGCCGAUCCCCGUGUGCGGAGAAUCUGUUUGACUAUGACUUUAUCCGCUGCCCCGUGUGUCGUGACAACUGCUACAUCAGUGGAGGCAUAUCAAGUCUGCCAAGAGUUAUCACCCUUGAGAACAUCAUCGACAAGUACAAGGCGGAACGCCGCAAGGAUCUGGAAGAACAAGAAGCCCUUGCCAUCAGCUCGGAAACUUCAUCUGAUGGGAUUUUGUGCCAGCUGUGUGAGAUUUCCCCCCGACUUGCGAAGAAGUCCUGUUUAGACUGCAAUGCAUCAUACUGCUCAAACUGUCUCCGUUUGUCACAUCCAAACCGGGAACCGUUCACAGAUCAUGAACUAAUUGAACCAAGGAAGGAGCUUCGGUCAGCUUUAGUGUUGUGUUCUGAACAUGGAGAAGCUCUGAGCUUGUUCUGUCAUCAGUGUCGGCGGCCAUUUUGUCUGGCAUGUGAUGAAGCAGAGCUUCACGUUGACCACCCUACUGUCUCCAUUGAAGAGGGAUACGCAAAACUGAAACUGAACCUGAAGGAGAGUCUGGACAGACUGACCGACAGCCAGUGCAAGAUGAUGACCAGUCUAAAGUUGCAGCAGGAUCACCUCAAGGACAUGCAGCUGCUGGUGGACCGGAAGCGAGAUGAGAUCAACAUGCAGUGUGACUCUCUGCUGGCGGAGGUAGAAAACAAGCGCAGCUUCUUCCUGGCCGACCUCGAGAACGAGGAGCGUGUCAGACAGAACACCGUGGAGGAGGUCAUUAAGCUGUUUGAGAAGAUCCUGGGCUCUUCCCAGAGUCUUCAGACUUACACUGAGGACAUCCUGAAGCGGGACCCUGCUUCCUUCCUGGAGGUUGCUUCAGCGCUGAAUGAAAGGAUAUCCAAGGCUGAGAGGGACUGUGAGAGUUGCCAGUACCAGCCAUGUGACCUUGGUAGCCUCAAAGCCAAGAUUGUAGAUUUCAAGAGGGAGAAGGCAGCAUUGAGAGAUCUCCACUACCUCACAGCACCCUGCACGCCCAUCAUCGAUGUGACUAAGUGUUCCCGCAGUGAAGAUGCAGUAGCACUGGUGGUGACAUCGUCCAAGACAAGCCAGGAGGUGAUAGACAGCUAUGAACUCCGCUACUGCUCUGAGGAACAGAAGAGUGUAGGAAUAGAGGACACAAUGACUGUGCGGAGCUGCCCGGACGACCGGCAGAUCAUCAAGGGUCUGAGCCAGAGCAGCAGCUGUGUGGUCCUGCUGCUGGAAAAUCUGUACCGGGCCACCACCUACUACUUCUGUCUGGCCGCUGUCAACUCAGGUGGGAAGAGUGCCAACUCCGAGGUGGUGCAGUGUCGCACUCUCAGUCAGAGCGAGAGUGUAGUCCCAGUACCGGUGAUCCUGGAGACGUUGUGCCGCCGCUUCAUGUCCUCCAUACAGGUCUGCAGCUCCAGCCCACUUGAUGUUGCCAUCGAGCAGAAGAUCUCCCACUUCCUGCUGUACCGACCAUCAGAUCAAGGUCACCGCUGUCUCUGGAAGAGUGUGUCUUUAUACGGUCGACAGGAACAUCGUGUGUUUGGUUUGGAGCCAAACACAGAAUAUGACUUUGUGAUCAUGGCAUGUAAUCCCCGUGGGGAAUGUCAGCUUUCUAACAGAGUGUCACUGCAGACAGAGCUGUCUGCCAUUUGAUACUGGAGAAGGCUGUGACCCGAUUCAUAUACAGACAGAGCUGUCUGCUAUUUGAUACUGGAGAAGGCAGUGACGCAAAUCAUAUACAGACAGAGCUGUCUGCUAUUUGAUGCUGGAGAAAGCUGUGACCCAAUUUAUCUACAGACAGAGCUGUCUGCUAUUUGAUACUGGAGAAGGCUGUGACCCAAUUCAUAUACGGACAGAGCUGUCUGCCAUUUGAUGCUGGAGAAGGUUGCGAGAACAGUCUUUCUACAGAUAGAACUGUCUGCCAUUUGAUGCUACAGAAGGUUGUGACAGCAGUCUCACUACAGAUAGAACUGUCUGCCAUUUGAUGCUACAGAAGAUUGUGACAGCAGUCUUUCUACAGAUAGAACUGUCUGCCAUUUGAUGCUACAGAAGGUUGUGACAGCAGUUUUUCUACAGAUAGAACUGUCUGCCAUUUGAUGCUACAGAAGGUUGUGACAGUAGUCUUUCUACAGAUAGAACUGUCUGCCAUUUGAUGGUAUAGAAGGUUGUGACAACAUUCUUUCUACAGACAGCUGUCUGACAUUAAGUUGUGUUAGUGGGGAAGGUUGUGACAACAGUCCCGCUGCAGACAGCUGUCUGCCAUUUGAUACUGUCUGUCAUUAAAGCUUCACAAGGUGCGACAACAGAGCUGCCCUCAUCUGCAUUAUGAAGAAAAGGGCCAAAUACUCAAUAUUUGUAAGGGUAUGAUAUGUUUGUGUGGACACUCUUCUGCUCAAGACACAAAUCAAUCCACACAUCAAUCAACAGUUCUGCUCACUACACAGAUGCCAUAUAUGUGUAAAUAUCUAGUAACACUGUUCAUCCUAUGAGUGGAUAUGUUAUAUCUAAUGUCCCAACAUUAUCGCCCAUUAUCUAGAAUUAGUACUUGUAAGAUAUUAGGCUAAAAAAAUAAGAGUCUUGGUUCUCACGCACUGCCUGAAUUACCUAAAGUUUGACGCACGUUUCAUUUUUAUUUCCAUUUUUUAAAAAUAACAAAAAAAUCCUUAAAUAUUAUAAGUCCAAUGGUAGUCAAAUACUGUACUCAAGUAUUUUACUCAUCAAGGAAUACAUUUCUGUUGGGAGGCCCUUUCCCAGGUUGAUUGUACACAAUUGUUUAUUUGGUUACACAACUGUUUAUUUGGUUGCAUACUAGCUUGAGGAAAAGAGAGAAAAAAGACACCGCCUGCCCACACUUUAUUUUCAAAAACAAUUGCCUGAGAACAAAUUCUUUUAUUUUUUUUAAGCCUUAGUACCUUGUAAGAAUGAGUUUGUUUGAUGGAGAAAGUAGAUGAAUCCUGACCAGGACAGCACUGUACUGCUAGAUUGAAUACACCAGAUGAGAGACUCGCCAUUACAUCUUCAUGCCAGCCAAACUGUAUAACCCUCAUGAGUGACAGAAGUAUCAAUCUCAUUAAAAUUAGAUCUAAGUUCUUGUUGACGCUAAACAAAGAUCUGAGGACAUCACAUUACGGGUCACGUUAGAACGACCUUUCAUCCGACCAAUCAAAGCGUCGCUUACCAGAUCAAAAAAGUGACAGGCAGAAUGUGUUUUCUAAUCAUGGAACCUUGAAAAUGUUAACAUGGGGUAUUCGGAACGACAGUUACUGCCUGACAACUGAUUCCAUCAAAAUUAUCGUCGAACUCUCGCUUCCGUGGGAUAAACAUUUGAACAGAGGAGGCGUUGCACAGUAUGUGGGUUGCACUGCCAUACAAUCUGAACCAUAUAUUAGACAUUGCAGAAUAUUCGUUUGUUCAGUUUUCAAAGUCGCCAGGUUGAAUCCAGUGCUGUAAAGCUCAGAAAAGCUGCUUUCUAAUUGGCUGAUGUCGACUUCUUGUUAGUCAUUUCAGUGGUCGGUCAAAGUUUGCGAAAGGUCGUUCUGACGUGACCCGUAAUUGAAUGUCCUCAGAUCUUUCUUUAGCGGCAGCAUGAACUUAGAUCAGAUUUUAAUGAGAUUGCAGAAGUAUCCACUUGUCUGGCAGAUUAUUUAUUGCAUCCAAAAGUUAAGCAGCAUGCUUUUCUUGGAUCAGCUUAUGUAUUUAAGUUAAUAACCCAGGCCUAGGUGAAAUGGUUAAUCCCCAAGGUCUACACUACAUAGGGGCCUUAGAUGGUCAUUGUUGGAGCAGAACUAGAUUACAAACAUGCUGUGUCUAAGAACAGUAGUGAGUGACUAUGAUUUUAGCAAUAUUCCAGGAAUAUCAUGGCAGGGGACACCAGAAAGAGACUUCCUCGCAAUGUACUCAUGUUGAGAAUCGAACCUAGGUCUUAAGCAUGACGAGCAAAUGCUAGUUAACCACUAGGAUACCCCACCACAACAGGAACACUGUGAUAUGACUAGGAUACUGUUAAAACCAGCAUUAAACCCAACACACUCACACUAACAACAGGAGAAACAUGGGAAGAGGAAUUAGUUCUACUUAAUAAUGGUGCUGUACAUGAACGUGUUAUCCUCACUGCCACAGUAUUAUGUCCAGGGAAGAGAAAACCCUGUUGUGUAACCCUUUUUGUCAGUUCACGUUUUUAGAAAGCGACCAACCAGUUUACUUGUGGACAAAGUGAUCUCUCUCAGGUUGCUGGUUAGAUAACUCACUAAGGAUGAAUUUAUUUUUCAACAGAACAGAAGGCAGAUGCUUCAAAAUAACCAUGCAGAUUACAGUUUAAUUGGUUCUUAGUCAAAGGUAAUUCAUGUUGUUUUCCUUAUGUAUAGCCUAUUGCAUAAUUAUGUGGAUGGUUUAUGCCAUCUUGUAGAACAUUGUUAUUUUUAUCCCCCCCCCCCUGACAUAUAAUGACGGGGGGAUAUAGCCAUCAGUAUGUCCGUCCGUCCGUAAUCAUUGUUUGUCC